CGGGUGUAACUGUGUAAGUAUCGGAUCCACGCUAGCUGCUAAAUCUUCAAAGUACAACCAGCUAAGCCAAACAAACACCACAAUCAAGCUCACUCUCGAUCUACGCCGUCCAAAUUUCUCCCUCGCCGGCCGCCGAUCUAUUCCCCGACCAAGAUGGGUGCCGGUUUCCUCGUUGGCGUCAUCGGCGUUCUAAUUCUAUCUCACGCUGCUUAUUCCACUGUCCAAUAUAGAGCUUUGCUCAAGAUUACCGAGGAAGAGUUUUCUGGUCCCCCUAUCAACGUUGUGAUGGAAUUGAUAGUUAGUUUAGUAUUAUGCUUGUGGGCUGCUCUUGCUGCUCCUGGAAAAUUCAAGUCAAUCCAUCCUCAAUCUGAGGAAAACAGGGUGGUCGCUUUGCCUGCCAAUCUGGAUUUCAUGAUCUUUAAUCACCGCGGAAAGAUAUUUCCUCUGGAAGCUGACUUGAAAUUGAAGUGAUGGGAUGGACAGAUUCGGCAUUCAUGAAGUCAACAAAUUGUCACCCUCCAAACCAGCCCAUCUUUCGUUAUUAUGCUUAGAGAGGAUUGUUUUAGAUAGUUUUGAUAUUGAACUGCAUUCGAUUACUUGAGCAGCACUAGUUGAAUGUACUUGUUAGAGGGCAGGCGGGAGAGACAUUUUUCUCAGUUACAUAUUUCCGUUUUUGCUUGCUUAGAUUUUAUUUGUAUGUUACUCAGUUUUCAGAAUAGUUCAGCACUGGAACUGUAUAAUUACCCCGUUUUUCAUAAUUUCAGGAGUUAUGUUCUUUACCCUCUUUAA